AUGAAGAGUGUGGAUUCUGAGAAUACUACGCUGAAACAAGAAUAUACAGGAUCGUCUAACCCAUCAACUGUACAACCAACAACUACAACAAUUUCGUCAACUGUACCAACGACAACUGCACCAAGAACAGCAUUACCAACCAAACCAACAACAGAAUCACCAACCAAACCAUCUACAGAAUCACCAACCAAACCAUCAACAGCGCCACCAACCAAACCAUCAACAGCGCCACCAACCAAUGCACCAACAGCAUCACCAACCAAACUAUCAACAGCAUCACCAACCAAACCAACAACAGCAUCACCAACCAAAGCACCAACAGCAUCAACAACCAAUCCAUCAACAGCAUCACCAACAAAACCACCAAUAUCUGUACCCACGACAAACAAAUCAACAACAGCAUCAUCAAUUAAACCACCAACAACAUCAAAAACUGCACUCACGAAAACCAAAUCAACAACAGGAAAUACAACAUCUACUACACUAGCAAUAACAAUGACAAAAACAAACCAUUCAAAUUCUGCAUCAGCAUCUCCAACUCCAGCACCAACACCAGGGAUAACUCCGACCACUCCCAAAAAUACCCAAACAACAGAUGGUACAAUAUCUGGAGGAAAUAGUACAGGAGAAACAGAUAGCACAGAAUUCACUAUAAAUACCCAGACAACAACGCCCAAAACAACUAAAACAACACAAAAGUCGAAAGUCGCAGAUACGUCACCUCUUCCGACAGUGCCUACUAAAGUGACUACUGUAGCACAAAAUAGGAGUAAGAGUAAAUCUAAAUCGUACGACAGAGAACUUGUUAUUAUAUUCGGUGUUAUGUUAGGACUAAUGUUUGUGGUUAUUGUUAUUUUCGGAAUACAUAAGUGUCGCCAUAGAAACAAAGAAUCGGACGAUUUACCAAUGUCAUCUACGGACAAAUAUAGAAACGGCGGUGAGGACGUUACCAUAGCAGCAUCUUCGUUUUAAUCCAUGGCGAUUUAAAAUUCUGUGUUCACCUGUAUUGAAACAUACAUUGUAUGCUAUUAUAUAUUUAAAUGCAUUUUUCGAAUUAUUAAGUAUUAUCUCCCUGUACAAAACAUACAUGUAUAUUGUAUUUUCUCGCAUGUUUCAAAUUGCAUUGUUUACC